AAGCGUGAGGGCAAAAAGUCGGAACCACCGGAGAGGAGGGCUUCACACAGAGAAUUACGCGGUUGCAGCAGUCAACGCCCGGGAUUCCCACGUCCAUACCAACCACAACAGGCGGAGAGAGAGUUUAGGCCUUAGUGAGAAGGAUAACGCCAUUUGGUUUUGGCUUGGAAUACGUCAUCCACUGGUUUUUCUCCUUCGAAGAUCAAUCAACUGGGCUUUGAAAUGGUGAAGGAGACCGAAUACUAUGACGUGCUGGGUGUCAGCCCUACGGCAUCCGAAGCCGAGAUUAAGAAAGCUUAUUACAUUAAGGCACGGCAAGUGCAUCCAGAUAAAAACCCAAAUGACCCUCUUGCUGCACAAAAUUUUCAGGUUUUAGGUGAGGCUUACCAAGUUCUGAGUGACCCAGCUCAAAGACAAGCUUAUGAUGCUCAUGGAAAAUCAGGAAUUUCAACUGAAGCAAUUAUUGAUCCUGCAGCAAUCUUUGCCAUGCUUUUUGGUAGUGAGCUUUUUGAGGAAUAUAUAGGUCAGUUAGCCAUGGCAUCAAUGGCUUCAAUGGACAUCUUUACUGAAGGAGAACAAUUUGAUAGUAAAAAGUUGCAAGAGAAAAUGAGGGUUGUUCAGAAGGAGAGAGAAGAAAAGCUUGCAGAGAUACUGAAAAAUAGACUCAACCAAUAUGUUCAAGGAAACAAAGAGGGUUUUGUUAAUGAUGCAGAAGCUGAAGUAGCCCGGCUAUCUAAUGCAGCUUAUGGGGUUGAUAUGUUGAAUACCAUUGGCUACAUAUACGCAAGGCAGGCAGCAAAAGAGCUAGGGAAGAAAGCAAUUUAUUUGGGUGUGCCUUUUAUUGCUGAGUGGUUUAGAAACAAAGGGCACUCUAUUAAAUCUCAAGUUACAGCAGCAACAGGGGCAAUUGCUUUAAUCCAAUUGCAGGAGGAUAUGAAAAAGCAACUCAGUUCAGAAGGGGACUAUACUGAAGAAGAGCUUGAAGAAUACAUGCAAAAUCACAAGAAAUUAAUGAUUGACUCAUUGUGGAAGCUUAAUGUGGCAGACAUUGAAGCCACUCUUUCCCGCGUUUGUCAAAUGGUUCUUCAAGACAACGGUGCCAAGAAAGAAGAACUCCGCGCUCGAGCUAAAGGGUUAAAAACUCUUGGUAAAAUCUUCCAGAGGGUUAAAUCAGCCAAUGGAAACGAGAAUGAAAGUGUACCAAAUAAGGCAGUACACAAGUUGAAUGGAAGUGAAACUGGCAAUGAUACUUCUCCUAGUACAUCACCCAAAUCUUCAAGUCCUGAUUUUUCGUCUCAGAGCCCCUAUGUGGAGGCCCCGCGCUUUGCUGGCAUGCAAUUUGAUUAUAAUUUCCCUAGGCCAACCGCCCCCCCGGGUGCCCAGAGACCUACUUCAACCAGCAAGGAUUGAGUUUGAUAUCCGGUUUGUAGUUUAUUUGAUUGUUUGUUGGUUUUUGAGGGGGUGUAUUGUAUGUAUCGCUCGUGUGGAAUGUGCCUGUAUGUGCUGGAGAUCGCAUCUUGUCGGCGGGGACCGCAUUGUGCAGUGUUGUUUUGCUUGUCUAAUAAUUCUACGCAUAGAUGAGGGAAUGAUAAUUUAAGGUAGUGCUAUCACUGCCAGCUGGUCGUGAUUGGCUGCCAUGUAUUUUGAAUUGUGUAUUUUGUUGGGGUGCUUGCACUAAGGUUACUCUUUUUUCGUAAGAGGUAGUGCGAUGUCCAUUUUAGUAGGGAUUCCUGUAUAAUAACUCAAUUUAACAGAUAACAUGAUAUAUAUUUGGGUUGAUACUUUAUUCCA